UUGUGGUGGUUCGCACAUAUUAUUAUUGCUUGCUCAUCGCCGCGUGCUUGUUCGCUCUGCUUUGCUCAAAAUAAAAUAAAAUAAAAUACAAAGAAAUAAAUACAAAAGCGCAUUCAAGUUAAAUAAUAAUAAUCAUCAGGUGUGCUUUUAUGUUUGCGUGGAGCUCGUUGCGAAGGUUCAAUCUCGUAUAUGUACUACUAUGUCAUCUGUCUGCCCACUGUCUGCUUUGUUUACAUCUAUAAUGACAUGCAAUCAAAGCGUCAAAUGAUUGAGCUCUAUUUACAUAUUGAGUGACUCGGAACGGAAUGAUGAUGUUAAUCGAAUGGUCAACGCAUCGAACACACUGCGCGUAAUAAAGUUGCAUACAUACUCUAUUCAGUGGGGCACGGAUUAAUAGUAGUACUAGGCAAAGGGUAGUGUAGACUAUCUAACAGUUAAUCGAUAUUAUUAAAGGUCAAUAUUUCUAUUUAUAUUUAUAAUGGUGACCAUACAUAACGAAUGCCGGCGGAGAACGCGCGACCAUUCUUAUAAUCACUUUUAUUGUGACAUCAAUCUAUUGUUCAAAUAUAUUCAAAAAAGCUUCAAGGCAUCAAAAAGCUAAGCAACUUUGCUAUGUAAAGCACAAAAGCUCGUCUCCAUGCCAUAUGUUUCGCACAACAUUCACUUUCUUCAAUUCUUUUGUGUGUAUUAAUUGUGACUGUGAAAAUGAUGCUUGUGAAUUUGUUGCUGAUCAAAUAUUUAGUGAAUUUAUAGUGAAUUAAUUCAUAUCGUUUGUUAAAAUGAAAUUUGCCGAGCACUUGACCGCACAUAUAACACCGGAAUGGAGAAAACAGUACAUAAACUAUGAGGAAAUGAAGGCGAUGCUAUAUGCAGCCGUAGAGCAGGCGCCUUCUGCUGAGCUUGUCGAUCCGGAGGUACUAUCCCGUUACUUCGCUAAAUUCGAUGAGCAAUUCUUCCAUUACUGUGACAAAGAGCUGGCCAAAAUAAAUACAUUUUACUCCGAAAAGAUGGCCGAGGCUACACGCAAGUAUGGCAAUCUUCGUAGUGAGCUGAGCGAAACGCUGGAGAUGGGCGCAGUGAAAAAGCAGCCUGCUUGGAAAUCUAAAACACCAUUGGGCAAGAAGAAUGUGCCAGCACGUAAAAUACAAGAUCUCAAACUAGCAUUUAGUGAAUUUUAUUUGGGUCUCAUAUUACUACAAAAUUAUCAGAAUUUGAAUUUCACCGGCUUUCGUAAGAUACUCAAGAAGCACGACAAGCUUUUAAAUGUGUCCGAUGGUGUCAAGUGGCGUGAGGAAUAUGUCGAGGCGGCACAUUUCUAUGUCAAUAAAGAUAUUGAUCGACUGAUACAGGAAACGGAGCGCGCUUUCACCAAUGAUAUUGAAGGCGGCGAUCGGCAAAAAGCAAUGAAACGUUUACGCGUACCGCCGUUGGGUGAACAGCAGAGUCCUUGGACAACCUUCAAAGUGGGACUUUUCUCAGGCGCAUUUGUGGUGCUCUUUCUCACAGUUAUAUUGUCGGCAAUAUUUCAUGGCUUCGGCGAUGAUUGGCGUGUGGGCUUGCGUAUGUUUCGUGGUCCUUUUCUCAUUAUUGAGUUCCUAUUUUUGUGGGGCGUCAACGUUUAUGGUUGGCGUUCAUCCGGUGUUAAUCAUGUGCUUAUCUUCGAGUUAGAUCCACGCAAUCAUCUCUCCGAGCAGAAUAUUAUGGAAAUUGCUUCGGUAUUUGGCGUGAUUUGGGCGAUAUGCGUACUCUGUUACAUUUACUGUGAUCCACUUGGCAUACCGCAAUAUUCAGCGCCCAUAUUUCUUUACACACUAAUGAUUGCAUUUCUGCUCAAUCCCACGAAGACAUUUCACCACGAGGCGCGCUAUUGGGCGGUGCGUGUGUUGAGUCGUGUUGUAAUGGCGCCAUUCUUCUUCGUGACCUUCGCCGAUUUUUGGCUUGCCGAUCAACUUAAUAGCAUAGUGCCGGCUUUUGUUGAUAUACCUUUCAUUAUUUGCUUCUUUGGUGAGAAUCCCACUUGGCACAAGACAGACUAUGGUGUCAGCCCUUGCGUGCAGGAUAUCUCUAUGAUACGUCCUGUUGUAGCCAUUUUACCGGCUUAUUGGCGUUUUGCGCAAUGCAUUCGUCGUUAUCGUGACACUCGCGAAGCUUUUCCGCAUUUGGUCAAUGCCGCUAAGUACGCGACGUCCUUUUUCGUGGUCAUAUUCGCUUACAAGUUCCAAACAACCGCAGCUACUUACAUAUCAUCGAAGGAUAAUCCUUGGUUUUACUGCUGGAUAGUAGCGGCCAUUGUGUCAUCCUGUUAUGCUUACACGUGGGACAUCAAAAUGGAUUGGGGUCUAUUCGAUGCCAAGGCUGGUGAUAAUCGCUUUUUGCGUGAAGAAAUUGUCUACUCGUCGACGUGGUUCUACUACUUUGGCAUUAUGGAGGAUUUGGUAUUACGUUUCGGAUGGACCGUAUCGAUGAGCUUAAUUGAGGCAGGUUACAUGGAAGGUGAUGUUAUGAUGACCAUACUCAGCCCACUGGAGGUAUUUCGACGUUUCAUUUGGAACUAUUUCCGCUUGGAGAAUGAGCACUUGAAUAAUUGUGGUAAAUUUCGUGCUGUACGUGACAUCUCCGUAGCGCCCAUGGACUGUUCGGAUCAGACCACAAUCUUGCGAAUGAUGGACGAGGAAGACGGCGUUAUCAAUCGCCGUGGCAAGACUAAAGGUCUCUCGAAGAAGAAGGAGCAGCAGCGUUUGUUGUUGCUGCAAGGCGAAUCUGUUGAAGAUUUAUGUUCUUAAGUGGCCAAAGGGAAUUAUCUUUUAUUUAAUUUUUUAUUUAUUUAUUUUUUUUUGUAGAAGGGAAUGGGAGACAUGCACUAAUAUAUUUACAACAGAGCUCAAAAACAAUGCAUUAGAAUUGUUAAAAUCUACUACAAAAAAGGCAAUCCAAUGGGGGUUUCGGCUCGCCAUCUCCGGUUGUUCUAUCUUCACUGCCAUUCAGCAGGCCGAAGAAGUUUUCCCUCCGUAAAUUCAGUAUAAUUUGGGCAUAAGUCAAUUGAUCACCCCUCUGUGCCCUUUAUUUCGGUCUUGAAACCUUCUGUAAGUCGCCAUAACCUUUUGCAGAAUUUUCACGCAAUGUUCUUGUCGGCCUACUUUUCAAGUUCCUCAUACUCACACAUCUCGUCUAUUUAUUUUUUGUUUGUACAUGGCUCUUAUGACCUCUUAAAUUUUCGCUGCAAAUGCGUCUUGCUUCUAUCUUCAUCUCUCGGUAUCUAUCCCACCACGCACAUGCUGUGGACGAUCGCUAGGUUGCGAGUUAGGCAGUCUGUUUUCUCUCAACUGUGACACGGCAGUCCUCACUACCAGUUCCAGUUGUUUUUUCGGCCCUUUCGAUAGCUUUGUUUGCUAUACUUAGGAAGCUUUAAAUGCCGUCUUACAGUUGCCUUAUAUCGAGCUGCUGAUGAGUGCUCUCAGAGAGCAGGAGUGCAAGCCGAGUUGAAAAACACUCGGAAGUCUGUUGCGAUUACAGUUUUUUGACUUCGAACUUUCGUUGUUCCUUGAGCGUUCUCAGCUGAAAAGAGGCGAAUGCGUGUCCUUAUUGCUACCAGUCGAUGUUCGAUUCUCGUCGAAAAAGCACGUCGAAAACACUGAAGACACAUAAGUUUUUCGACCUGGUGACAGCCAAUUAGCUUAAUGAAUUUUCUUAUGCUGGAUUCGGUCCCCCGGCUAAGUCGAUCAGUCCCAAUUGUUUUUUCGGAAUGUUUCGUUGUAGCCAUUGAAUUUUCGGACUGUUGUGCCGAAACAAAUGAGCCUUAAAAACGCCUCGCACGAUUUCAGCAUCGUAGUAGCAAUGGCGUUUAUUAGUACGCUCCAGCCGCUCAUAAAAGGCAUCCUUGGUCACACCGUCAUUUUCUUCCGCCGGGGCGUGGACGCAAAUCAGAGAUGUGCUACAAAAUAUCACAUUCAUACGGAUUAUGGUGAGACGUUCAUCUAUCGGAGUGAAUGCCACUACUCGGCGACGGAGUCUCUCUCCCACCAUGAAUUCGACGUCGAACUUGCAAGCUUUUAUAUGACCGGUCUAGUCACGGAUCUAGUUGUUUCCAUCCUUGUCUCGUUCAUAGCACUUCUUGGACAGCAGUGAUGUCGGCUUUUAGUUUGACGACGACAUCAACCAGCUGGGCAGCGACAAAUCGUGAUCCGUAAAACAUUUGCAUGAGUCGUCAUCAAAACGAGGUAUCUCUUCCGAUGAGUUGUUGAAUUUUGUCAUUGGAGCUGAUGCCUAAGUGACUAUUAUAACCCACGUAAAAUUCGUUCGUGCUAAAAAAUGUUCGAAAAUUAUCUUAUACGGAUGGAAGUUUUGAUGUAGUGUUUCAUAUUUAAAUCCAAGGUUCAACCUUUGUAAUACAAAAGGAAUGUCAUGAAGAAAAUUAGUUUAAUGUUAUUUAUUUAACCGGGAAAACCCUGAAGUGAGUGUGGGGCUAUUUGUUAUACUCAUACAUAUUUAUAAAUAGGUUCAAACACACGCAACUGGUCGCAAAUGUUUUCAUUUUUUAU